GGAAAAGAACGAAAGGAAGGGCGGAAACUGAGCUCGAUCAUCUAUCGUAUAUCAACUAGUUAACUCAAAUUCCCAUAUCCUGCCACCUCACCCAUAUCAAGAUACAAGAGCGGGAAAAGAAAAGGAUCUCAACCCGUCAUACCGAAACAGCCUUAACCAAUAUCGCCAACCAGAUAUCCACCUCCCUUCCCUUCCUCAACCCCCAGGCCCUCAGACAAUACCGAGAAACCAAACACAUCUCGAUAACAAAAAAGGAUACAAUGAGCUACCUCCGCCUCUUAUACCAGCUCGCAACCCAGCCCCGUCCCAGUGGUGAUCAUCGCCCACGGAUUGACGGUAGCACCGCACGCAAACCCAAGACCUGGGGACAACCACAGCGAAACUUGUUGGGGAUUAGCGAUGGAGCGGGUGGGGUUAAACUUAUUGGCUUAAACCCGGGGGAGGGAGCGGCAGCUCGCCAGACUCAGCGUAAUCGUGCUAUCACCGGUGGUGGUGCUGCUAAUACCACCAAUGCGGCUAAUGUUGUUCAAGUGAAUAGGAGCGGGAGUGCAAGGGAGGGGCAUAUUGUGAUACCGGGUUGUGAGUGUGUAUGGUGUAGAAGGGCGAUGGAAGCUGGGGACACUGGUGGUGGGGGGAAAUGGUGGUGA